AUGAGCUCCGAUUUAUUCGAAGUUUUCACGGACGUCGAAGUGCUGAAAUCAAGAGAACCUGAAUACUUCCAGUGUCAGGAGGUGGUGAAUAUUGGGAACGAGUCGGAUAUGUAUCCGAGUAGUUUGCCGGCCGCAGUGCCUCCGCAGCCAAACGGAUCAGCAAGUGGCUGCCAGGAAUCGGCCACAUCCCGAAUGCAAAUACCGCCGACGAUCGCUGGUAAAACGUUCGUGGGUGUUUUAGAGGAAGGAUGCAGGAAGUACUACGAUGGAACGACACCAACGUACUCCGGUGGAUUUCAGCUGGAUUGGUUUGCGAUCAAAUGUGAGCUGCGAAAGCUGUCCGGUGUAGGAAGUGCAAAAACGAAGAAAUCUGCGAAGCAGUUGGCUGCCAAGGAGGUUUUGCUGAAGAUAAUAAUGAAAAUGAUUCUUGCUAUUUUUAUAGCUGAUACCUUUUUGUUCAUUGAUUGGUUCACAUUGUCAGUAUCACUUUUCGAGUCGUCAAUUCCUGCUGGUGUUGUCACUCGGAAUAAAUUGAUGCCCGAGCUGUCUGCACCAGAGGAGGAAACCGACAGCAAUUUGUCCGAGAAUUGGAUCGGCAAAAUCAACGAGAAGUAUGUCAUUGAGAAGGCAUCAUGUCAAAAGCUGAAAUUACGUGGUGCCGUUUAUGAUGUUAAGGAUGAAGGUGUAGCACCGCAACAUCUAUUCGUGGCCACCUGCUCUGUUUGCAAACUGACAACAACUGGUCAAGGAAGAACCAAGAAGGAGGAUAUGCAAGAGGAUGAAUUCGUCGGCGAACUGGCUGUAAUGAAGUUGGUGAGAGAGGCGCAGAUGGAUUGCAAGGAUGCUGAAUCAAAGCUGCAAGAUUUAUUGAAUGCGGACGACGAACUGGUCAAAGAAGUUUUUACAAAACAACAACUGAACUUCACGAUUUUCAGUGAAGCAGAUGUCAAUGGUGACAUUCAGUGUAUGCUGAAAGUGUUGGGCGCCAAUGAUGAAUCGAAUGUGUUCGGUGGGAACGGCCAAAACGAACAGCUUUCGCGAGAUUGUGCUGCGAGAGAAGCAUUCGAAUUUCUUUAUGUGUUCAUGAAAUCGAACUUGGAAAAACGACAGCUAGAAGAGAAGAAAAAACAAGAUGGACAAGAAAAAUGA